CUACCAAAGAAAAGCCACUACGAGGAGCCGGUUCAGCGGAGUGAUUCUCUCGCGGUUCUCGGUGUCGUCUCCGGUUGGACGCGCGCGGCAGUGUGGGCUUGGGGUUCGCGGCAGCAUGGCCUCCUCUCAGGGGAAAGCGGAGCUGCGGCACGCGGACUGGAUGGCCAGCUUACCGGCGAACCUGCACACGGUUCCGCUUACCAACCUCGCCAUACCGGGGUCCCACGACUCCUUCAGCUUCUACAUAGACGAGGCGUCCCCGGUGGGCCCCGAGCAGCCGGAGACCGUGCAGAACUUCGUCUCUGUGUUCGGCACAGUCGCUAAGAAGCUGAUGAGGAAGUGGUUGGCCACUCAGACCAUGAACUUCUCCAGCCAGCUGGAGGCGGGGAUUCGCUUCUUCGACCUCCGCAUCUCCACCAAACCCCGAGACCCCGAUAACGAGCUUUAUUUCGCCCAUGGCCUCUUCAGCGCCACCGUGCGCGAGGGUCUGGAGCAGAUCAGCACCUUCUUGGCCUCUCACGCCCGCGAGGUGGUCUUCCUAGACUUCAACCACUUCUACGGAGUUCAGAACCUCCACCACGAGAAGCUGGUCCAGAUGCUGAGAACCGUGUUCGGGGACCGGCUGUGCCCGGUGGUUUUCGCAGAGGAGGUCAAUCUGAAGUACCUGUGGGAGAAGGAAUACCAGGUGCUGGUCUUCUACCACAACCCCAUGGCCCUGGAGGUGCCCUUCCUGUGGCCCGGCCAGAUGAUGCCCGCCCCCUGGGCCAACACCACCGACCCAGACAAGCUGAUCCAGUUCCUCCAGGCCUCGGUGACGGACCGCAGACACAAAGGAACCUUCUUCGUGUCCCAGAUGGUCCUGACGCCCAAAGCUAGCACAGUCAUGAAGGGAGUCGCUAGCGGACUGAGGGAGACCAUCACAGAGAGAGCCCUCCCAGGAAUGAUGCAGUGGAUCCGAUCCCAGCGGCCGGGUGAAAGUGGGGUGAACAUCAUCACAGCUGAUUUCGUGGAGCUGGGCGAUUUCAUCAGUGCUGUCAUCACCCUUAACUACUAUCUGGGCGAGGACGAGGAGAACGCCACCUGAGAUACCUGUGGGCCCAAACCUACUCUGCCAAACUGCACUUACAGUCUCUCCCUUUCUCUCUCUCUCUCUCUCUCUCUGACUUUCUCUUUUUCUCUCUGCUGUUAGUUUUGUUCUGAAUCUCGCCCUCCUCCUGAGCGAGUUUAGGGCUAAUAAGGAUCUCGGCGGUCGUGAGCGCAUCGGGCGACUUUCAGCGCUGAGGAUCGAGACGAAGGGCACGGACUUAUGAGUUAUAUAUGUGUGCGUGUGUGUGUAUGCUUGUGUGUGUGUUUCCUUUCCAGCCAAAAAAAAAAAAAAACACAAGUGAUGAUGUUGCUUUCCUGCGUCCUGUCUGUCGCAGAGCGUCAAGGUAGCUCCCGAUUCUGCUUCUGAUCCGAGUAUCAGUAUCGUAUUUAACUCAUUUCAUGGAGAAUUGGUGUUGUUUGUACAGUGACUGUGAUGAUGAUAUUAUAGGCUCUCUCCUGCUGUGCUGUUAGUAACUCGUACCACUGUCAGUCUGUAAAUAUCUGUAAACCAUCUCAAUUAUUAUUGUUUGUCAGGCACAAAAAAUAUUUUUAUUUGCUCUCCAGUGAGUUCUUGCUUUUUUAAAAUGUGGAGGAAACUCUGCUGACCUGCAGUUUUAGAGUUAAUUGAUGUCACUUUUCUGAUGCUUCCGUCCGCAUGGCAUCAGCUAUCAGAUACAUUCCUAACAGUGCUUCUGUCUUGCAUCUGUUUGAAAACGGGGAAACACUCUGUCCUGUAUCUUAAGGCCAUUGAUUAAAGGCUCGACUGUUUUAACCUUGCUUUGAAAGUGAUUAAAGCGAUAAUAGUUUAAAUAUUACCAGUGCCGAGUGCUUCUUUAGAUUCAUGCUGCAUUCAAGUUCUGUCGGAAAAGUUGAAUUAUUUAAAUCUCUGUUGGCAAAGCAUUUUCCAGUGGUGUUCAUGUUGUUUCCGACCAAAAUCACUUGAAAUCUUGAACUGAAAUCAUGUCCAAAGUCGUAAGUACAAGCUUCCGAGGUGGGCUUGAAGGCAGCAUGACACUGGAGCUAUGCUGCUAACAAGUAAUGCUAGCUUACAAAUCAACAUUUUUAGCACUGUUAAUAAACAAACAAAUAAGCUAAAUAUGCUAUUAGCCAUAUAGCUUCAGUGCUAACUGGAAAGACAAGCUUUCAUUACUUGUUUGCUACAUUAUUGUCAGAGCUUCAGUGCUAAUUGGGGAAUAAUUCCAACCAUUGUUCCCUACAUUAGAAUUGUUAAUACUUCCAUUAGCUACUUAUUAGCAACUUUUGCCACAGAGUUCAAGUGCUAAUCUUCCAUUAGCUAGCAUUACUUGUUAGCCACUUUAGCUAACACUUGUUAGCUCCAGUGUUAAACUAAAGAAGCAAACUUAACACACCCAUCAUGUCUCGGCUGAUUGAUUCCAGUGAGGGUUGGUUGGCAGGUUGGAUUGUGUGAAUUCAGUUUUUGCUGCUUUAACCCGUAGAUACGUGGUUGUUGCGUGUAAACAGUGUUCCAGGUUGUGUUACGUAUGAUUGUAAACACAGCAUUGGUCAAAGUUGGAUUUAUCAUCUUUUCACUCCAACUGAACAUUCCUGCCUUUAAUUUAACUAUCGCGAAAUUAUUUUACAGAUUGAUUUCUGUCAGUUGUAAUGACAAUCGCUGAAAUCAGGUGUCUGUGUGGGUAUGUAUGGGUGUGUGUGUGUGAGGAUGGAUCAUCAGAUAUUGUAGUGUGUUUAGCAUGUAGCUGCUGAGGUUCAUAACUCUGUAAAAUUCCCCAUUGGUCAGUGUUUUAAUGCAACUUCCGAAACAAUGAGUAAACACUUCUAAAUCUGGUGUAAAAUAAAUGUAAAUAAUGCA